GUCAAACACAUGUUUUCUCACGAAGUCCGAUUGCAGCCACCUACCGCCAGUGGUCAGAUGUAGAAGUUACAGCGCACUAAAUUGCUGAGAAUGAUUCAAAACAUUGACCAAAGUAUAUCCCCUUUUGUACUCGUAGCAGGGACACUCGUCUGCCUGCGCGCCGCGGUCCUGGAGCUUGUUUCUCACUUCAAAGACAUUCUCUUGCAGACUUUUGCGUUGCACAAGACGUCACAAAAUUCCGGACUGUAUUGGCAUCAAAUUUCAGUACUCGAUCUUCAUCCCUAUUUUGAAUACAUGUUAACGGCAUUUACUCAGCGAGGUAUCGUCUCAUGUGCGGUGAUAAUUCUCUGUACAGGCUCGAAGCGACAAGCUUCUGCACUACUUUGGACAUUGGCAGUGCGCCUACAAAUAGCCAAUAACCCCUGGCGAUGUUUAAUGGUGCUUCCUUGCUAUUGUUUGAGCCGCGGGUUAGCUCUAUGAGCGAAAACCUUUUACUACUAUGGAAAAGAACUUCUUCUGUGACAAGGACGAGAUGCUGUUGGCCGCCACCGUGGUGUUGCAUUUGUCCGACAGAUGAAAUUUUUUGGGGCCCUGUGUAUUCUCAUCCCUGGUUGGCGUCGCAGUCUUCAAUGAAGAUGGACGAUGUUAAAGUGGAAAUAGAAUGAGGCUAUGCUUCGGUUGUAUACAGCUAGUCCGUAUUUACUAUUGACGCGGAAUGAGUCUGCUUCUUCGUCGUAUACAGCCUGAGCUAGUCGAUCGGCAUUAUUGAUCCUGUACUGAACCCAAAUGCCGAGCUAUCUUAUCAGAUAAGGUACAAUAGCUUGCAAACGU